AUGUUGCUGCCUGAUGCGCCUGCCUUGCUCGGUUGCGCGCACCAAAGGUGCGGCGGCUUUGGCUGCGGCGGGAUGAUGAUGAACAACGGCAUGGGCUGCUUCGGGGCCGGAGGAAGCUGCCGCGGCAUGCCGCCCAUGAACGGCAUGGCCGGGAUGGGCGGUUGCGGCGGGAUGGGCAACGCCAUGGGCGGCAUGGGCGGGAUGGGCUUGCCCAUGGGCGGCAUGGGCUGCGGCGGCAUGGGCGGCUGCGGCGCCUCCAACCUCGCACGCACGCGCUCUUGUGGCGGCAUGAACGCGAUGGCCGGCAUGGGCGGCAUGGGCGGCUGCGGCGCGAUGGCCGGCGGCAUGAACAUGCUGAACGGCAUGGGCGGCAUGGGCGCUUGCAACAUGGGCGGCAGCGCGAGCGGCGGGAUGGGCGGCUGCGGCGGGAUGGGCGGCUGCGGUGGGAUGGGCGGCUGCGGUGGGAUGGGCGGGUUGGGCGGGAUGGGCGCCUGCGGCGGCGGCAUGAACAUGAUGAACGGCGGCUGCGGCGGCAUGAACAUGAUGAACGCCGGCUGCGGCGGCAACGGUGGCGGCGGUUGCGGCGGCGGCGGUUGCGGUGGCGGCGGCGGACCAGACCGGACGCAGAGGACAAACUACCGCCAGGCACCGUACUGA